AUGUCCUCCCGCUCCGACACCAAGACAGCCUCUCAGUUUACAUUCCUCACCAUGAGGCUGAAGGAUAAGCUCCACCCACAACGAAUCAGACGCAAACACAGCCCCACUCAGGACAAACCACCUGAUCUGUCCCUGAAUCUGCAGAAGAAUCAGUCGGUGGGUGUGUUAGUGGACCAGCAGCGUGCCGUUGUCAGCUCUCUGCAGUACUUCAAAGCUCUGGUGGACAGACUGGGACUUGACAGGCCUGGCGUGGACAAAAUGGUCCUGGACCAGUCUGUGGUGGGUGGCUUACUGGGUGGGGCAUCGGGUGGAAUCCUGGAGGCAGUUCAGACUCUGGUUCAGCUCGAGCAACGUUUUCUCAACAGUAAGACCAUCUCUGCCUGUCUCAUUCGUCUCUACCGCUCUGUGGCUCAGCUGAUUCGCUGGGCCAAUCUGGUGAUGCUGCAGGGCGUGGUCCAGGACAACGAGGAGUCCAAGGAGAGCGUUACCACAGUGAUCAGGGCUGUGCUGAAUGGCACCAAGGAACUGGUUCGAUUGGUUGCCGAGAGACAAGAUAGCUCCACCCCUUUGUCUCCUGUCUAUUCUCAGUCAGAAGGUUUUUUUGAGCCUAAGACAUCAGACAGUGUAUCAACCUGCACAAGUCCUUCAGAGGAAGGAGAGGUUCCAAAGACGGAGAUACAGGAGAAGGAGUACCAUGUAGAAGCACCACCCAAACCGCCAAUGCCUGUCCCAGAACUCCCCCCACUCGUACCCAAUCCUCCAGCUUUACCUCCAAAGAAGCGUCAGUCAUCAUCAGGCCCUGUCCCCGCCCACUGCAAGGUUGCCAUAGUAACACCAAUGAUAAGAGAACUCGAAGAAACACAGGUGGAGCAGGACGACGGCCUGAAGCGACUCUCCUCUUCUUCUGCAGAAUCUGCUGCCAACAUCACAUUCUGUGAGGACGAUCCAGACUACGACUUCCUCCUCACGGACCUGUCCUCCUCCGAGACACUUCCCCCUCUGCCCCCCGCCCUGCCAGAGAAAAGACAUCGCAGCAGUGAAGGUACUGUCAGCUCUCAGAACUCGUCCUACUUUGGGUUUAAUUCCACCAAUUUGGACACAAAUCCCACAAACUUUAAUGACGUCUCUGGUCCUGGUGAACCUGCGUCCACCCCUCUGUCCCCCAGCAAGACUCCUCCCCCCCUGCCUGAGAAGAAACGACACAUCCAUCAGUACCUGCAGUUCUGUUCGUCCUACACCGAUCAGUCUCCUGUCUCGUUCUACCAGAAGUCUAAAAACAACCAGCAAGAGUUAGACUCCACCCACCAGCUGUCAAACACUCACCUGAACACAGACUCCGCCCCCUCACCAGAGCACCCCUCUGUUCCUGCGCUACCACCGAAGAAGAAACAGCAGGAUAUUGCUGACAGACAAACUGAGGAGAAUGGAGACAGUUUGGAGGGAGUUCUUCAGCAAUGGAGCAGUGAGGAGCAGGAGGAAGUGGAGGAACUGCUACUGACAGACAAGCAGGAAAUCCUUCGAAAAAUCACCAUGAAGUCCGACGAGGAGGAGGGGCCAGAGGUGAAGGCUGCGUCUCCAGACAUCCUAUUGGUCCACGCCACAGAGUCCGGCAGCAGCGGACAUGACCUGUACCGCGAGGCCUUCAUCUGCACCUACAGAGGCUUCAUCAGGCCCACUGACACCAUCAGCAAACUGCAGCACCGGUACAAAAGCCUCUGUGAACGACAAGAACCUGCAGAUCUGACAGCUGCUAAACACUCUUUUCAGCUGCUGGUCAGAGUGGUGGACGACCUCAGUGCCAUAGAACUGGACUCUGAUUUACUGUUGGACCUGAUGGACCUGGUGUUCAGACUCCUGAUUGGUGGACAGCUGGGACUGGCUCACCUGCUGCACUCCAACAUCCUGUCCAAGAUGGAGAAGAGGUGGAAGCUGCUCGGCUCUCCUCAGUCCCUAUGCCCACUUGCUGCCAAGGGCGUGGCUGCCAGACCAGGAACACUCUUGGACUUCAGGAGUCAGGAUUUAGCAGAACAGCUGACUCUGCUGGACUCACAGCUCUUCUACAGGAUCGAGCUUUCGGAGGUGUUGCUGUGGUCCAAAGAGCAGAAUGAGGAGAGAAGUUCCCACCUGACAGAGUUCACUCAGCACUUCAACAACGUCUCCUUCUGGGUUCGUUCAGUGAUCAUUGUUCAGGACAAACCUCAGGACAGAGAGAGGCUGUUGCUGAAGUUCCUGAAAAUCUUAAAGCAUCUCAGGAAGCUGAACAACUUCAACUCUUACUUGUCCAUCCUGUCAGCACUAGACUCUGCCCCCCUGCGACGCCUCGACUGGCAGAGAAACACCUCAGAGACACUGGAGGACUUCAGCUCAUUGAUUGACAGCUCAUCUUCUUUUAGAACCUACAGAGCGGCGCUGGCUGAGGUGGAACCCCCCUGUAUACCUUACCUGGGCUUGAUUCUUCAGGACUUGACCUUCGUUCACCUGGGCAACCCUGACUCCUUGAAGACAUCACAGGGUUCAAAGGUUAAUUUCUCCAAGUGUUGGCAGCAAUUUAACAUUCUGUACACUCUGAGGAGCUACCAACAAGUGCCCUACUCUCUGCAGCCUGACGAUGACAUCAUAUCCUUCUUCAAUGACUUCAGCGAUCACUUAGCAGAGGAGGCGCUGUGGGAACUCUCCCUCAAGAUCCGCCCAAGGAACACUCCACGAACCAAUCAAAGAUGA